CCGCCCCCAGCGCACGCGCAUGCGCCAGGGGGCCCCGCCACCCCGCUCUAUCCUACUCCGGCUCCCGCCGGCGUUCAGGACACUGGGUUCCCUACAAGCCGCCCCAGGCUUAAUGAUUGUCCAGAAGGUGGCUAUAAAGGGAGCCUGGGAGGCUGGGUGGAGGAGGGAGCAGAAAAAGCCUAACUCAGCAGAUUUGGGCACUGAGAGAGCCACCGGCAGGAGCUGUGGCCAGAGGCUCCGUGUCCCCACCAGUGGGGCCUGCUCCCUUCCACCAUGGCGGCCCAAGGCUACGGCUUUUACCGCGCUGUGAUCUUCUCAGCCAUGUUUGGAGGCUACAGCCUGUACUACUUCAAUCGCAAGACCUUCUCCUUUGUCAUGCCGUCGUUGGUGGAGGAGAUCCCUCUGGACAAGGAUGACUUGGGGCUCAUCACCAGCAGCCAGUCGGCAGCCUACGCCAUCAGCAAGUUUGUGAGCGGGGUGCUGUCCGACCAGAUGAGUGCUCGCUGGCUCUUCUCUUUGGGGCUGUUCCUGGUUGGCGUGGUCAAUGUAGCGUUUUCCUGGAGCUCCGUGGUCCCCGUCUUUGCUGCUCUGUGGUUCCUCAAUGGCCUGGCACAGGGGCUGGGCUGGCCUCCGUGUGGGAAGAUCCUGCGGAAGUGGUUUGAGCCAGCUCAGUUUGGCACUUGGUGGGCCAUUCUGUCCACAAGCAUGAACCUGGCCGGAGCGCUGGGCCCCAUCCUGGCGACCACCCUCGCCCAGAGCUACCACUGGCGCGGCACGCUGGCCCUGUCCGGGGCCCUCGGUGUGGCUGUCUCCUUCCUCUGCCUCCUGCUCAUCCACAACGAGCCUGCGGACGUCGGACUCCGAAACUUGGACCCCACCCCCGCCAAGGGCAAGAAGGGCUCCUUGGAGGAGGAGAGUACCUUGCAGGAGCUGCUGCUGUCCCCCUACCUGUGGGUGCUCUCCAUUGGCUACCUCGUGGUAUUUGGAGUAAAGACCUGCUGUACCGACUGGGGCCAGUUCUUCCUUAUCCAGGAGAAAGGACAGUCAGUCCUCGUGGGUAGCUCCUACAUGAGUGCGCUGGAGGUUGGGGGCCUUGUAGGCAGCAUUGCAGCUGGCUACCUGUCAGACCGGGCCAUGGCAAAGGCAAGGCUGUCCAUCUACGGGAACCCCCGCCACGGCCUGUUGCUGUUCAUGAUGGCUGGCAUGACCGUGUCCAUGUACCUCUUCCGGGUAACUGUGAGCAGUGACUCCCCCAAGCUCUGGAUCCUGGUGUUGGGAGCUGCGUUUGGUUUCUCUUCUUACGGUCCCAUUGCCUUGUUCGGAGUUAUAGCCAAUGAGUGCGCCCCUCCCAACUUGUGUGGCACCUCCCACGCCAUUGUGGGACUCAUGGCCAAUGUGGGCGGCUUUCUGGCUGGGCUGCCCUUCAGCACCAUUGCCAAGCACUAUACCUGGAGCACAGCCUUCUGGGUGGCUGAAGUGAUCUGUGCGGUCAGCACUGCUGCCUUCUUUCUCCUACGAAACAUCCGCACCAAGAUGGGCCGAGUGCCCAAGAAGGCUGAGUGAAGAGUACAGGCUCCAGUGCAUCCUCUCCCACCUGUGGCCUUCCCCCUACACGGGGCUGCGGGGAGAGGGGGGCAGAGAGAAAGAAAGAAAGGGGGGCUGCUCCGGCUAGCAUUGAACCUUUGAUUUCCUCUUGUGCGCCUUUCCCUCGCCCAGGUGGUGCUGGAAGUUACCAGUGGCUAAUGAGGUCCCAGCUCCCCAUCCUGUGUUCCAUUUAAAAGGCAACUUUUGUUCUUGGACUCCACUAGCUCCUAUUUCCUGCCUUCAAACAGGAAACCCCUGCAGUCAGGGAGUCCCCUAAACCCUUCUUCCCCUCCUGGGCCCUCCCACACCAUCGCCAGUAGAGUGAGGCUCCUCCUGCCGCUGCAGGGUACCAGGGACCCAUGAUUGCUGCCCCAAGGCCUCUUAGCACUGGCAACGGCUAUUGCCAAUACCUUCGAUUCCAAGGGGAGAGGAGGCCAUCACGCUCACCAGUACCCUGUGGGGACGGCGGGGGGCGUGGGGUGUGGGUGGGAGGGAGGAGGACUUGACACAGAUUAAAACUAGAUUUGAUACUAAAUACUAUCAGGGAGUCAUUCUUUCCAAAGGGGUACUACAAGCCAGAGACUGCUUUCUUUGGAAGAUAUUCUCUUGAUACCUGCUUUUUCCACCCCAAAAGGGGCAAACUUCAUCUCCUUGGGAUGGGAAACCUGACAUGGACGCCUUCAAGUUUAUGGCUCCUUUGCCUUCAAUUUCAUUAAUUCAAUGAUCAUUUUACAGAUGAAGCACUGGGUUUCUGGCAGAUGUAACCAUUCGAUGGAGGAAGGCAGUGUAACAGUGGCUCCCGGAGAGUGUAGUCAGAGAGCCUGGCUUAAAACUCAGGUGCUUAGUAACUAGCUCUGAGACUCUGAGGCAGAGAGUCUGUACUUUGGUAAAUCUAUUGUCCGUAACAGAAUGCAUCCCAAGAUUAGGGUGAGGGUUAAGUUAAAUAAAGCAGUAAAGCCUGGCUGUAAACACCUGAUAAAUACCCCACCAUCAUCACCACUGCCACCAGCACCUUAGAAGUCAGCAAUUCUGGAACUAGACCCAAGGCUCCUGACUCAAAGCCCCAUGCUCAUUCUUCAGUGAACAAUUACUUGUUUUCUACUAGAACGGAUCUCAUCUUCCCAGAAUCCCCUUAUCAUUCCUGUCUCCCCACCAGAGCCUUUUCCCCCCAAACCAUUAAUGAGGAUAGCGAACACAGAUCAAAGGAAUGUUUAUUAAGCAUUUAUGGGCCUACUCCCUCCAUAAAUAAACCUGUACAGAGUUGGGAAGUAGGCUCACGGUAGAUACAGGAGGGCAGAGAGCAUGGCAUUAAGGCUCGGGGAUCGGUACAUGUCAUCAGGCUCAGCACCCUCCCAUUUUCAAGUACACUAACGAGGCUGCGGGGAUCUCCACUGGAGUGGAUACAGCAGGAUCCCUGCUGUAGGAUCUCUCAAAUGUGGGGGAUCCAUUGUGGGCUCAGCCUAUGACCCAGGUCCGAAAGUUCCAGCCUUCUCUGCCACCUCCAGGGCUAACUUCAGGUUCUGGUCAAACAGCUCACACCUAGGCCAGACCCAAGAGGCACAAAUGAGGACAAAGUGUGAGGUCUCAGACUCUCCUCCCCAUCCUUGGGUGCCGAGGUAGAGCCAGGGGAAACUUGCUUGAAGGACAUGAAUGACAAGAAAAAUCUUUGGUUUCUCAAAAUAGCAAGAAAAGAUUAGCUCACUUUUGUUUUAUUUAAAAGUAACUCUUCGGGCGCCCGGGUGGCUCAGUUGGUUAAGCAACUGCCUUCGG